GGGAGCGUGCGCGCGGUGACGUGCCGGGCGCCAUGUUGGAGGGCUGGUGGUAGCGGCUCGGGGAGGUGUUCGCUCUCUCGGUCUCGCUCUGUCGCUCGCUUCCCCCGGCUCCCUUCGGUGCCCCCCCCGGUCGCCUGCGUGCCGGAGUGUGUGCGAGGGAGGGGGAGGGCGUCGGGGGGGUGGGGGGAGGUGUUCCGGUCCUCGGGAGACCCGCGGAGGGAGGCGGAGGCUGCGAGGGACUCCGGGAAGCCAUGGACGUCGAGAGGCUGCAGGAGGCGCUGAAAGAUUUUGAGAAGAGGGGGAAAAAGGAAGUUUGUCCUGUUUUGGAUCAGUUUCUUUGUCAUAUAGCCAAGACUGGAGAAACAAUUAUCCCUUUUACUAUUCAGCGACUAUGUGAAUUACUAACAGAUCCAAGAAGAAACUAUACAGGAACAGACAAGUUUCUCAGAGGAGUAGAAAAGAAUGUGAUGGUUGUUAGCUGUGUAUAUCCUUCCUCAGAGAAAAACAGUUCCAAUAGUUUAAAUCGAAUGAAUGGUGUUAUGUUUCCUGGAAACUCACCAAGCUAUACGGAUAGGUCUAAUAUAAAUGGGCCUGGAACACCCAGGCCACUUAAUCGACCAAAGGUUUCUUUGUCAGCCCCUUUGACAACAAAUGGUUUGCCUGAGAGCACUGACAGCAAAGAGUCAAAUGUACAGCAAAAUGAAGAGAAAAGCCACAGUGAUUCUCCAGCAUCUGAAUCAGAAGUUUCCUCAGUGACCUCUGUGAAAAAUAAGCACCCAGAUGAAGAUGCCGUGGAAGCUGAGGGCCAUGAGGUCAAAAGACUCAGGUUCGACAAGGAAGGUGGAGUCAGAGAGAUGGCCAGCCAGACCACUUCCAGGGAAGUUCCUUCAGUUACGGUGGAAGGGAGAGAAGCAUCCUCACCUCAGGAAAAAGACAAAGAAAGUAGUCGAGCCAGGCAGCACAGUGCAGAAGAGGAGGACGAAGAGGAAGAGGAGGAAGAAGAGUCUUUCAUGACAUCAAGAGAAAUGAUCCCAGAAAGAAAAAAUCAAGACAAAGAGUGUGAUGAUGCCUUAACUGUGAAUGAAGAGACUUCUGAGGAACAUAAUCAAAUGGAGGAAUCUGAUCUGCCUCAAACUGAGAAAGAGUCACAUUCUGAAGGUAGUGAAAGUACAGGCCCUGUAAGUAGUGGCUCUGACUGCCACGAGACAGAAGAAUUAGUUGGAUCCAAUUCCAGUAAAACUGGAGAGAUUCUUUCAGAAUCAUCCAUGGAAAACGACGACGAAGCCACAGAGGUCACAGAUGAACCGAUGGAACAAGACUAACUACCUAGAAGCAUAUAGAUACAGUAUUUUACAUACAGUUCUGGUUUUACACUGUAUAAAACUUUUAUGUAAUAAAGUGGACCUUUAGUUUUACAAGAAAAGCAGGUUGUAAAAUAAAGUACUUUAAGAAUAAAUCCUAAAAGAGUUGUACAUGUAAGAACUGUGAAUAUCAGCUCCUUUGGGUCCUGCUUACUGCUCUUUUUUUUUUUCCUUUUUUUGGGGUCUGGUCAAAUCAGUGGUUUGUGUAUAGAUUUUUUUUUUUUUUUUUAAAUUUAGAAUUAAAGUUUUUAAACUGGAAGGUAAUUAUAAUUUUGAAAACCUUUUAAAGAUGAUUACAUUUAGUUCAUACAUAUGCAAGAAAGCUUUCUGUCUUGUCUCCUGACAGCUCUAGCAGUUUUCAUAUUUUGGUCAUAGUUUCAACAUUUUAACAUGUGAAUUAUAGGGUUUCAUGCUGGUUUCCAGAUUUUAUUGUUCGACUAUGUACAAUGAAACUUUAAGUCAUAUAUACAUAUAUAUAUAUUAUUCUAAGGGGGAAAUGUUAUAUUUUUCUGUUUCUAUAAGAGAUGAAUACAGUGGAUACUUUUUCUAUUGGUAAUGAUUGAGUUCACCUCUUUCAGAAGACAUUUUCUUUCUCUUCUGAGUAAUUCAAAUAAGAUCUGGCCCUUGUGAAACCCUGGAAAUCUUGUCUGUUGAAAUACCAGGUUAAACACAUUCCAAGAGAUCUGUUCAAACUAAAAUUCUUUUGUAUACUUCUGAGGUGCCUGAGAAAAAAAGACUUCAUUAUUUAUGAGAAAAUGUGCUUUAUCUUGGAAAUUGUGUUCAAACAUUAGCUUGCUAUUUUGCUGACAUGAGACCAUCUCAAAGAAUUGGGCAGGUUCCUUAACCUUUUGCUUGCUUUUCUGAACAUUGUGAAUAUCACAUUUCUUUCUAAAUUAUUCUAGAGUGUGCAAAUGUCAAUGGUAUGAAACACCACUGUACUGGAAGAAUUAAUAUAUUACUGUAGUAAUGUAUGUACCUGAGCUAAGGUGACUGAAGCUUUAGGGGUACAUAGAAACCACCAUAAUUUGUAUGGCAUUUUGAAGUGAAUUAAAUAUUUUUGAACAUGCUUCUUUGACAGCCAGUGUUCUAUUUUUCAGAUCAACACAAAGCACAACGAUUACUCUUAAACUCAAUAUUUUCAGAUUCACACAUUUAAAGUCAUGCAAGCUGCAACUUCCCUGUCAAAAUUACUGGCUGCCAAAUUUAUACCUGUUUCUUCAGCUGUACCUUUUGAUAUUUAGAAUUUUUAAAUUUCUGUAAAGUAGAUUUUGUAGAAUGUAAUGUGUUUACUGCCUUUGUGAAGCGGUAUAUUAUUGUAUAAUUUCUGUGUGUAACUGAAUGCUUGGGCUUUCAAUACAGUAUUCAUAUAAAGCAAUAAAUAUUAAUGUUAUGAAAUAUUUGAGUACAUUUUUAUCAAAAUACAAAAGAAUCCCUUUUUUAGUUUCAGGGACCUGAAGUUACACAGAUGAACUUAUAAAUACUGAUGCAAGCAGUUCCUGACACCUUAUCAUAUGCUUUGGGUGAUUUGGACAGAAAUUUUCCCACAAGUUUUGCAUUUUGACUACUUAAAUUACUAGUAACUAAAAAUACCAAAACAAUUUGGCUCCAUUUAUGUUUGUAGAGUAAUAUACUACUGACUGACUAGACUGUCAGGUUCACAGCAGCUAGAUGAUAUAUUUGUGUCUAAUAGUUGAGAUUAGAAAACUGAAUAUUGAUAUACUGUUCCCAAGAGGGAAAAAAUCAAACAUUGUAAAUUAAAAUUUUUUGCGAAAGUGUGUAAGCAAAUUUUAAAUGUGACAUUUAUUUGUAGUGACCUAUUACUUUAUUUUGUUGAGGGAUUUUGCCAAUGAGAACAGAUUUAAAAUAUUGUAA